GGGAUCAUUUCUACACAACCCAGUUCCCACUCAACUCUGAGAUUUUGAUUUGUUGGUUCAUCCAUGGCCCUGUUCCGAAGUCAGAAGGCCUCCCUUUCCAAAUAUACUGCCUCUCCGUACCCAUUUCGCUAUCACGUGUUCUUGAGCUUCAGAGGUGAGGACACUCGAAAGAACUUCACUGAUCACCUCUACACGGCUCUGGUCAACGCCGGAUUUCAUACUUUCCGAGAUGAUCCUGAACUCGAGAGAGGGGAAAAUAUCAAGGAAAAGCUUGAGAACGCCAUUCAACAGUCACAAAGUUCUGUGAUUGUGUUUUCAAACGACUACACCUCUUCCCGAUGGUGUCUGGACGAGCUUGUCAUGAUCCUUGAACUCAAGAAGACCUCCGAUCAUGUCGUAUUACCGGUCUUCUACGACGUCGAUCCAUCUCAACUGAGGAAGCAGGCAGAAACUCUUGCAGAGGUCCCUAAAUACCAAGGAAAUCAAUCGUUGAAUGGAUGGCAGGCAGCGCUUAGAGAAGUUGCAGAUCUAGCAGGCAUGGUUUUACAAAAUGAAGCUGACGGGCACGAGUCAAAGUUCAUCCAAAAGAUUGUUACAGUGAUUCAAGACAAGCUAGGUCGUGUGCCCCUGAGCGAUGUCCGGGAGGAUUUACAGAAGGAGUUGUUGGAUAUUAAGCCUUACCUCGAUGGCGCCGAGGGAAAGCAACUGAACAACCCAACUGUGAAGGCAUUGCUCAAUGAGCUUAAAGAAGCUGUCUAUGAUACCGAGGACCUAUUGCAGGAGAUCAAAACAGAAGUAUUAAGACGAAAGAUGGAACCCGAAUCUGGAAGUAGCACGAGUGAGGUACAAGACCUCAACUCUAGUCUUCCAUUUCAUGGUUUUGAUUCAGCAUCAAUAUACCGGAGGGCAGAGGAAGUUCCUGAAAGACUAGACUCCAUUAAGAAGCGGAUAAUAGAUGUCUUGGGUAUGCAAGCAAGUGCUGGACACGGGGUAUCACAAACAAUACAGUCAACUUCUUUGGUAGAAAAGUCUGUAUAUGGAAGAGAUGAAGAGAAAGAAACAUUGGUUAAAUUGUUGCUAUCAGAUGAUGAGAGUGGCAAUGAGAUAAGUGUGAUUCCUAUUGUGGGUAUGGGUGGGAUCGGAAAGACCACCCUUGCCCAGUUUGUAUACAACGAUGUUAGACUCAAGGAACGUUUUGACAUCAAAGCAUGGGCUUGUGUUUCAAAAGAAUUUGAUGUUCUUCGGAUCUCACAACAAAUUUAUGAGUCCCUCACCAAAAAAGCUUGCAAGAUCACGACCCUUAAUGUGCUUCAAUCAGAGUUGCAGGCAACUUUGAGGGGGAAAAGGUUCUUCUUUGUUCUUGAUGACAUGUGGAACAAGAAUUAUAACCAGUUGGAAUUCUUAAUGCGUCCCCUUGACUCUGGAGCACAUGGAAGCAAGAUUAUUGUCACAACACGCGAUGAAGAUGUUACACGUAAGAUGGGUAGCCUUGAAGCUCACCGUCUCACGCCAAUGUCCGAGCAAGAUAGCUGGUCGUUAUUUGAAAAACAUGCCUUCAAAAAUGCAGGUGUUAGUGCACGCUCACAUCUUAAACCAAUCGGUAGACAAAUUGUUCGAAAGUGCAAGGGUCUUCCUUUGGCUAUUAAGUCCCUUGCGGGUCUCUUAUGUUCUAAAUUAAAUGUGGGUGAAUGGUUAACUAUAUUGAACAGUGACCUGUGGGAGUUGCCUUUGGAGAGUGACAUUCUGCCAUCUCUUUGGUUGAGCUAUAUGUACCUGCCUUCACAACUCAAACAUUGUUUUGCAUAUUGUUCGAUAUUUCCCAAGAACUAUGCGUUCAAAACAUCAGAAUUGGUUUACUUGUGGAUGGCUGAAGAUCUAUUGCAACCUGAAAAACACAAAACUGCAGAAAAAAUCGGACAAGAUUACUUCAAUGAUCUAAUCUCAAUGUCAUUUUUUCAAGUUUCAUCAAGGUCCGAUCAAUAUAUCAUGCAUGACCUUAUCAAUGAUUUAGCAAGCUUUGUAUCAGGAGAAUUUUGUUUUAGGUGGGAGGGCAGUGAUUCACCCAACAAUUUGAGCAAGACUCGUCACUUUUCAUGUAUGUUGGGAUGUUUUACUACAGAGGCUGAUAGCCUAGAGAUGUUUGAGGCUUUACAGCAAGCUAAACGUUUGCACACCUUUCUACCAUUAGAUCCAUAUUUGAAAGGACUCUACGAGGCAUUGCCAAAGUUUCAAUGUUUAAGAAUGCUCAAGUUAUCAUGUUACGAUAUUCAGGAAUUGCCUGAGUCAAUUAACAACUUGAAACAUCUUAAGCACUUGGACUUGUCUCACAGUUCCAUCGAAAAGUUACCUGAUGCAAUUUGUACUUUGUAUAACUUGCAAGUAUUGUUGUUGUCAAACUGUGAAGACCUUACUGAACUGCCAGCCAACUUGGGAAGAUUGAUCAACUUGAGCCAUCUGGAUAUUACAGGGAUAGUGUUACAAAAGAUGCCACCACAAAUGGGUAAGUUGAAAGACCUCCAGAUGCUACCAAAUUUCGUGCUAGACAAACACACGGGGGAUAAUUUGGCAGAGUUAAAGGAGCUUGAAAAAUUGCGUGGAAGACUUUAUAUCUGGGGGCUUGGGCAUAGCAGCGGUUUGGAGGCCUACAUACUGAGGGACAAGAUGUUUCUUAAGGAACUGGUUUUGGAUUGGGAAGAAGAGGAGGAAACAGAAGAAGAAAAGUCAAGUGAAGAGGGCGAUUAUACUAUAGAAGAAAGAGAAGUGCUUGAGAAGCUCCAACCUCACCGGAACCUGGAAAUGCUUACAAUUACAGAUUAUGGAGGCAAAAUGUUUCCAGGUUGGUCAGGAUAUUAUUCUUCCGCUGCUCUUGUUUAUCUUGAGCUUGGUAAUUGUGUGAAUUGUAUCUCCUUGCCACCGUUGGGACAGCUACCUUCCCUCACAGUGCUUCGUAUAGUAGAUUUACAUGGAGUGGUAUCCAUAGGUUCUGAAUUCUAUUAUGGUGACGGCAAUACUUCUAGUGUGAAUAAACCAUUUAGAUCCCUACGGUCUUUAGAAUUCAUGGGUAUGAGGGGGUGGAAAGAAUGGUAUUAUGUUGGAGGUGACAAUAAUGAAGGUGGGGUUUUUCCUAAUCUUGAGAAGCUUGUUGUGACAAUUUGUCCCAAUCUUACCGGGAGAUUAGCGUCAGACAGCCUCCCAUCUCUUGAGUCUUUGACGGUAUAUAAUUGCCCAGAAUUGGAAUGUAUUCCGGAAGAUGGAUUCCCGUCAAAGUUAAAAACACUUCACAUCGUCAAAGUUAAAAAAGUGAAUGCAAAGAGUAUGCAGAAUCUGAACAAGGAUCUCCGAACACUCACCUCUCUUGAAAUAUUGAAACUUGACUUUAACUGCGACGAAAAAGUAGAUUGGUUUGCAGAGGAGCACGAGGGGCUGUUUCCCAGCACUCUCACACAUCUCAAGAUCGGCCGUCUGAAUUGUGAGACCAUCGACGGCGCCAAGUGGUUUGGCCAUCUCAACUCUCUUCGAAGCUUGGGGAUUACGAAUUGUCCUGCGCUCCGGUGCUUGCCAGAUAGUGGACUACCCUCUUCUCUUCAACGCUUGGAGAUUUACAACUGCCCUGCGCUCCGGUGCUUGCCAGAUAGUGGGCUACCCACUUCCCUUCAAAGCUUGGAGAUUGUGGAUUGCCCUGCUCUGCAGUGCUUGCCAGAUAGUGGACUACCCUCUUCUCUUUCUCAUCUAGGUAUCAAUCGAUGUCCUUUGCUUCAGGAACGGUGCCAAAGAGAGACGGGUGAAGAUUGGCCCAAGAUUGCUCACAUCAAGCGCAUAGAGAUCAAUGGGUUUCGGAUAUGACAGCGACAGAGGGCUUGCGUUCUGAUCAAUUUGGCCAUGUCCCAGAGGGCUUGCAUAUUCUGCGUGUAAGAUCCUAUUGUUUGAACUCAUUCUAGGGUCUUGCUUGAACUCAUGAUCGAUGGGUUUGACAACGACAUGCCAUAUGAAGGAGAAACAGACCAUUUCCGUUUCCUACGCAGUUUAGUGGAAAGUGAGCAAAAUUUCUUGAUAUGUUAAGACAGAGAGAUAGGCCAAGGUUAAGAUUGCCAUGUCUUGAUGUCUGAGUUCUUCUCAUCUGCUUGUGGACUGUUCUUUAUCUCCUGCACUCAUUCACACUGUUUCCAAGCACAAUGAAAAUCACAGAGAGCCAAUUUGGGUGUGAUAUCAUCUUCCUAGACAUUACAAGAUUACAACUAUAUGCAGUGCUGCCUCUUGCAUCUCAUAAUACUUGUAGCUGUUGGACCCUUAUCUCAGUAACCAGUUAUGAGACCUGUCAAAAGUGAAAACAUCUCAUAAUACUUGAAAUCAGUUCUUGCAAAAAAGACUUUGUUGCAAACAAUUUGCAGUGUGUGAAGAACGGUCUCUUGAGUCGUAACAGAGCAAGGGGAAGAUUGUCCCAAGAUUGCUGACACUGACAUUUAUCAAUAUGGAUAUGAAGCGGUUGUGAUGUCUUGACAUAGUUAUAAUAAUCAUCUAAUAAUCUGUCAGCUUCAGGCUGAUAGUAAUGGUAUUCUUUUUUGUUUUGCCAGUGUAUAUGUUACAAGUUUACAAUUAAAUGUGGCGCUACCACUAAAGGUGUUUUUACUUUUGUUUAGUAUAAGGAAUUGAAGAAUUAAAUGGUCUUAACUUAAGGUCAUUGCUUAUCUCUAUGUUCCAUUUGAUCCUGAGCCUUAGCUACAUUGUGGAAAAGAUGGAAAGAGAGAGGUGAAUUAUGAUGUGCGAUGUCCUGAUAGUCCCAGUUGCAGUACUGCCACUGAAGUAGAAUUACAGUAAUCAGCAAAGAAACUUGGUGUCCAUGGCAACAGACAACACAUGGCCAAACAGUGUUUCUUUGAUUGAUAAGAACUGUCCUUGCUGGCCCAUAAACAAUACGGGGUACUAGAAUUGAAUUUCUACUUUCCCUUUUAAUGGGCCAACUUCUGGAAUUUGGAUCCUCUUUUCAUCAAAGUUUCUCUGGUUGUUUUGUAAUGCCACCAGCUGCAACUGAAUGGUUGGCGCUCUUCUACUUUCUCAGUAACAAUAAAGUCAUUGGCAAAAAACUCGGAGUUGUGUGUGGAAAAAAGAUGACAUGAGGACGAACAGUAUUGCACCUUCACUAUGGACCUGGAUUCUCUUCUGACUACAGUUUCAGGGUCAAGCUGGUAGUGAUGUUUAUAUAUCUUUUGUUGCUAGUGUGAUAUCAGCUCUGAAUAUGUUACAAGUUUACAACAAUAUGGUGCUUCCACUAAAGAACAUCCAUGGGAGCAAAGCCUAUCUAUACAAAACCAGAAGUACAGAAUUCGGAUGUAUUGUAUCUUUUCCCAAUGGAGGGUUACAUGAACCCAGUUUGACAGAGAUGAGUAUCUCUGAUUAUUGGAAAUUGGGUUCCUGGCUGCAAUAUAUGCGCUCACUCCUCCCAUCUCUUCAGUUUUUGUCAGUAUCAGAUUGCCCAAAGUUGUCAACUAUUCUCAAAGGAGGAUUGCCUUCACAUUGUCACUUGACUUUGGUAAACAUGAAGUCGAGUCUUCUCCGAGUUUCCCAGCACUCUCACUCAUCUAACGAUGUACCGUCUAAAUCUAACGACCAUGGGUGGCGCCAAGUGGUUUGGGCAUCUCAACUCUCUUGAAAUUUUGAAGAUUAGCUGUUUCACUGCACUUCAGUACUUUCCAGAUAGUGGUGGACUACCUAAUUCUCUUAAAAUAUUGGAGAUAAGGUAUUGUUAUGUGGUGCUGUGCUUGCCUCAAAGUGGACUACCCACUUCUCUUAAGAUUUUGGAGAUUACGUAUUGCUCUGUGCUGCAGUGCUUGCCAGAAAAUGGGCUAACUGUUUCUCUUUGUGAAAUACAUAUCAUUGGAUGUCAUUUGCUAGAGAAACUGUGCCAGAGAGUGGGGAAUAAUGAUCACUUUCAGGCGUUGUUGAUUUAGGGUGUCCCAAUUCUUGUAAUCGUCAUUGUAAUCAUGCAAUUACCUGUCAGUGCCAAAGAGAGACGGGUGAAGAUUGGCACAAGAUUGCUCACAUCAAGCGCAUAGAUAUCAACGAUGGAGAAACAGACCAUUUCCAUUUACUACGCAGUUUCGUGGAAAGUAAGCAAAAUUUCUUGAUAUGUUAAGACAGAGAUAGACCAAGGUUAAGAUUGCUCACAGGACCAAUAUAUCCAUGUCUUGAUGUCUGAGUUCUUCUCUUCUUAUCUGAACUUGCAGACUGUUGGUGUAUAAUUCUCAAAUUCUCUGUCAGUUGAUUAGUUUUGCAUUAGGGGGAUUCGGAAGUGGAUUGUUGGGGGGAGUGGUACUUGCGAACAUCACCAUCACUCAAAAACGUGAGUUGUUUCUUGAGAUAGUUGGAAUGUUGAUCAGGCUAAUCAAAAGAAUCAAAAGGGAGAGAUCAGGAUGCAAAAAUUGAUGAGGCUGCUUUGAGGUUAUGGAUUUGAGGUUCUUUCAUUUUUUUUUUUUUUUUUGUUAUUGCUUUCUUUCUCCUUCAGCCUUUCUAUCUAUAUGGUUUGUUGAUGGUGUAUCAGCAACCAGUGUGAUUACAAAUAAAAGUUUCAGAGUGUCAUGUAUAUAUAUGGUUUUGUGAAUGCAAAUGACAGUCUGAAUGUUUCAUGAAUUCUAUAGCAUGUACUUAUAGAGUAAGUUGUAUGUGCACUGAUUUAAAGCAUAAGAUAAAUACCAAUCUGUUAAGGUUUUGGAUGAUCUA